AAUUGGAAGUUAUCUUAAUUUUUUUCAUAUUACCCUGACUAGAUUAUGGCCGAGUUACGAGCAGCUGGUCUCAUCAUCUUUCGACGAAUGGCAUUGGGUAUAGAGUAUUUACUGAUGCAAACCUCAUAUGGGUGUCAUCACUGGACCCCACCAAAAGGACAUGUGGAUCCUGGGGAAUCAGAUAGAGAAACUGCUUUAAGAGAAACAAAGGAAGAGGCAGGAUUAGGAAAUGAACACUUUAAAGUUAUUGAAGAUUUUAGAAAAGAGUUAAAGUAUGAAGUGAAGGGGAAACCAAAGACUGUGAUCUACUGGAUGGCUGAACUUCUUGAGCCAAGUACGCCUGUUUUAAUGUCUGAGGAGCAUCAAGAUUAUAGAUGGUUGCCUCUAACAGAAGCUUGUCAACUAGCAAAGUUCCCCGACAUGAUAGAAACACUCAAAGAGUGCGAUGGUUACCUCAAGCAGCAAGCCUAGUCAUUCCACAGGAUCAAAGGAAAUGAAUGUGGUGUAUGUGUGGGCAAUCCACUACAGAAACUAAGAAAAGUUGGAAGAGGACUGCUUUUAAGACAAUGCUGAAUUUUCAAGUGACAGAUUUCCAUGAAUGUAUUGAAGUACCAAUUUCGUGAAGCAGUUAGCAAAUGUGCAAAGAAAAGCUGGACCUAUGUUUCCUUUGCUUUUAGGACAAUGUGACUAAAAAUGAGGUAAUGAUGCCUCACAAGGCAGGAACAAGUUUUGACAAUAACAAGAGCUACAUUGAAAUUCAAGGUGUAUGAAGGACCAUUUCAAGAUGCUGAAAAAUAAUUGAAGGAAGACAGUCUGUCAGUUAUUCAAUGACAUCGGCAGGUGCCACCUCUUCUCAGAAAAUUAGGUAAAAUUCUUACUGAGAGUAGGAUUUGAAUCAACAAAGAAAAAUUGACCACCUCUGUGAAUUUUGCAUUACAAAAGUUUUGUGCA